CAGACGGCAAAGAGCCAAAACCGAUAUUUCAACGUAUUUUUCACCGUAUAUGGCUUUAUAAUGACUAUUGUGAUUACAAGUUGGUUGCGAAGAAGCCCAAGGAAAAGUCUAGACAGGUGUGUGUGAUGGCUUUCCAAUCGUCGAUAACUUCCGUACCUCCUCCAUCAGUUCCCCUCUUCCCCUGCAAAUCUCUCCUGAGCAAAGCCUCAUGCUCCCCUUCUUCGUUUGUGAAUUACUCGUCGCGGUCCUCCUCUUCUCUGCGCAACUUGACGAGUUGUCCCACUAGUCUCCCCUCAUUGGGGCUCAAAUCUAAAAGGACUGCUUCCUUUCGCUGCUUCGCCUCCGCAUUAACUCCUGAGCUCAAGUCUACAUUGGACAAAGUUGUUACUUCACACAAAGUGGUUCUAUUUAUGAAGGGAACUAAGGAUUUUCCACAAUGUGGUUUCUCACACACGGUGGUACAGAUAUUGAAAUCCUUGAAUGUUCCAUUUGAAACCAUAAACAUACUAGAAAAUGAGAUGUUACGCCAAGGGUUGAAGGAGUAUUCUAGCUGGCCAACCUUUCCACAACUUUACAUUGAAGGAGAGUUUUAUGGUGGCUGUGACAUUACUGUUGAGGCUUAUAAGAGCGGAGAAUUACAAGAAUUAUUGGAGAAGGCAGUGUGUUCCUGAAACAUUUUUAGGUGAGGUAAGGCUGUUGUACUCUUCAGAUCAGAAAUGAUAAGAAACAUACCAUGAUUUAUUUGAUUGCUUGCUUAUAUUGAAAACUUGAUUGUGGGUCAUUUCCAAAGUGUCUGUCUUUGGUUAAUUUCAAGUAAAUUGUGCUGUUGAUACUGUACUGGAUGGAAAAUUGUAUUUGAAUUGUCGUAUUCAGAAGUAUCAGAAUUAUUCAUCUGAUAUGAAGCUUCUUUUGUGGGAAAUAAACUUCUACUCCACACUA